AUGCCCUCGUUCACACCCGACAGCGAUCUCGAUCUCUUGUUCGACCCAGCGCUUAUCCCCAACGAAGUGCGUGCGGUACUGGCCGAGGGACUUCAUCUACGCCCAUUGGCAUCCACAGACGAUGCGAGAGGCCUCUUCCCCGUCCUGACUACCCUUUCCCCUUCUCCAACACCUGCUCGCGAUGACUUUGCUGCCCACUUUCAGUACAUGAAGCGCUAUUCGGGAAUUUACUAUGUAAUCUCGAUUGUCGAUACCUCCAAUGACCAGAUCGUCGGGACGGGCACUGUGUUCAUGGAACACAAACUCAUUCGCAACCUAGGCGUGGUUGGUCACAUUGAAGACAUCGUUGUGUCUCCCAAGAUGCAGGGAAAGAAAUUAGGUCUGCGCAUCAUUAACACCUUGACUCACAUCAGCGAGGCUCAGGGUGCAUACAAGACUAUCUUAAACUGCAGCAAUGAGAACAUCCCCUUCUACCAAAAGUGUGGCUUUAAACAGAAGGAGAACGAGAUGGCUAAGUACGCCGAACCUAAGCCACCUUCGCUCAAAUUGUAG